UGUUGUUGUUGCGAAAAGCAAAAUGCAAAAAGAAUCCCCACCUUUUUUGAAGAAAUUUUAGUGCGUAGGUUCUCGUAACGACGAAGAAAAUUCCGAAUUGUGUUCCUCGGGCAGCUAAAAAGUGGACGAAAAUGGGUGACCAAGAAACGGGGUAUAACGAUGAGGCGAGCGAUUUUAAGCGAAAAAGUGCCCGCGACCUCGAUCAGGAGGAGGACAGCGAAGAAACGAAUAAACAGUCCGAGAAGGCGCAGGAAUACAUUCGGAAUAUUUUGGCCGAACGGCUUGCGCUGGACCGCAAGUAUCCGAUCGCCGAUCGACUGCUGGAAGUGGAAGUGGAAACGGUACACAAAAACGGCAAACCACCGGCCCGGCGCUACAUCGAUAUUUACCGGGAGAAGCCCAUCAAGGUGCAGGUCAAGGUGCUAGUGCCGGUGAAAGAACAUCCAAAGUUCAACUUUGUCGGCAAACUACUCGGCCCGAAAGGCAACUCCCUUAAGCGGUUACAGGAGGAAACGAUGUGCAAGAUGGCCAUCCUGGGCCGAGGGUCGAUGAAGGAUCGCAAGAAGGAAGAGGAACUACGAUUAGCGAUGGAUCCGAAAUACGCACACCUAAACGAUGACCUGCACGUCGAGAUCAAUGCACUGGGUCCUCCGGCAGAAGCACACGCCCGUAUCGCGUACGCUUUGGCGGAAGUGCGCAAGUUCCUCAUACCGGAUAGCAACGAUUUCAUCCGCCAGGAACAGAUGCGUGAGAUGCUGGAGGAUCCAGACAUUGAGCUGCCGGUCCGAAAAGUGUACAAGAAAGCGCUGGCUCCGGCCGCCCCGCCACCGUCCUCUCACGAAGUGCCUGCACCACCAUCAUCGAUGAUCUCCAAAGGCGGAAGUAGUUCACUUGUUCAUCAAUCAUCUCGCACCAGACCACCGCCGAAGAAGGUGCUCUCUAUUCUCGAUAAAGCACGAGUGGCCAUGGAAGAAACGCACAUUUCACGAUCAUCAAGUUUACGAUACGAAGACUCGCGGUAUGAGCAUGAUCAGUACGAAGCCUCGUACGCGUACCAUCCUCCGCCGCCCGCACCUAGACCAAAGUACGAAACGAGUGACUACGAGCACGAUUAUCGCCGAGAGUAUUAUCGAGAUUCGGUGUCCUCCUACGCUCCACACAAGACGACCACGCCAUCGAUGGGCGGUCGUCACUGGAAACCAUCGGCGUACGGUGGUUCCUCAUCACGCGACGAUAUCUCUUCGAAGCAUCACGCCGCACGCGAUCUUCGCUCCUACCGACACGCACCGUACGCGCGUCCAUCGAAGUAAAAAAAACAUGAAACAUAAGCCAACCUCGCGCUCACUCAAUCACUCACUUAAUUCCGUUUUUUGCGUGCGCCUUCCAUCACAAGUGGCUACUGGUGGAAAAAUGACCAUACAUUGGGCCAGAGUAUUGCAAAUUGCAACUUGUAUAAGCUCCAAAAUUUAGUCGAAAAAGGGUGGAAACUGUUCACUGUUUUAUCAGGACGUUGGUCAUUUUUUCAUCCUUACUCAAGGAAGAUAAUAUUUGGAAUAAGAUAAGUCAAGUGUUGUUCUUAAUUGUACAUAAAUUAUUAAAUAUUUACAUAACUCGCAAAUUAGCUCACUAAAGUGCGUCCCAAAAACCGGAAGUCUCACCUAGUUAUUCCUAGUUUUCAGUCUCGAACUGCAAUAGAUUGUCCCACAAAACACUGAAUUCGAGAACUGCUUAGUUUAUGUAACACUUUGCAAACGAAACCGGUACGAUAUUUUCCAACGGGAUAUACCCUGUAAUGCUAUUUUAAUAAUAGUCUCAAUUGUAUAUAAUAGUAUUUAUUGUAAGUUACUAGACAUUCACUAUUCAUUAUAUGAAUGGUGAAGUCACCACGUCAAGAGCCACACACUGAUACGUGUCGCGCUGAUAGUCAACCGAAUUUUGAAAUUGCAGCACUGAUUGAACAAUAUACGACAGCAAUUAAUAACGUAAAAAUCGUAAAGUUAAUGCGGACAUCGGAAGUCGUCUGGUGGCAAUACUUAGGUUUUUUUUAUUCCAAGAAAUGUGUUAUUCUAAUUAAGUAUAAAUUGAAUUAUUAGUUUCUACAUUCAUUAACUCAACUCAACAUAGACUCGCAAACCAUUACAAAUAACCUGGUGAGGCUAUCCAAUUUUAGGGGAAACCGUUGGGGAAGGGGAGAGAAAAAGUAGCAGAAGUUUAGCUGCUAAAACAUGCCGAUACGCGACGAAGUACUGAAGGCGAUCACUUUUUCAUCCAAAUCGAUAAUUGGAUAAUCAUUUUUUAAUAAAUUCUACAUCAAACAAUUUAAAACGAUAUCGUUGACGUUAAAAUCAAUUUAAAAACAAAAUAAAUGGUUUAUUGAACCUGCUAAAAAAAUCUUAAAAGUUACAUACUACGAUAUCAAUGGUUAAACAGUGGAAAACAAUAAUAAUAAUUCUGGCCGUAAUUUUUCAAACUAUCGUGAACGUUAAGGCGCUAAAGUACAAACGCAGUCAAAUAACAGAUGAAAAACAAAAACACGAAACAUAAAUCAAACUGACCCAUAGUGGUACAGACGAAGCAGCAGGAGCAGCAGGAAAUUUAAAGCACAUGAAAAAUCAAGGAAGACAACUGUAAACCGAUGCCAAACAAAGAGCAAAACAAUGCAUAACCUUAACAUAACAACAUUGAAUAAACUGAAAACAAUAUUAACAUAAUUGUUAACAUAGAUUUUCCCAAUUGUUAACACCGUUCCGAGCGUGUAAUGCGCUAGUGAACCGAUAUUAGUAAACGUAUAUAAUCGAAACGCAUCGUAUGGCGUUUUUUCUUCCAACAAUAAAACCGUUAAUUAUAUACAGUAACGUGCUAUUAAAAGAAAAAGUAACCCGCAAAACGAUUAGCCCAUUACGAAGAACGAAAUAGGUUGAUAAAAAAAACUCUUACCCAACAUGUAACAAUAAACUACCACAAAUCAUUAAUAACAAUGAUGAAGCCAUUAUGCCGCAUAAUAAAACAAUUCCGAUUGUACAAUAGCAAUAAUCCGUACCAAUAAAAAGUUCACCAGCCAAAAUAUCCUACGAAA